AACCUAUAGUUUGGCAUGAUUAUUUAAAAUGUACAACUACAUUGUCAAGCUUUCAAUAAAAAAAAAAAGAACUUCUACAAUCACUCUCGCUAACUUAGAUGUUCUCCAUCAGUGAGUGAUGCUCCCAGAAAGACGAAAGUACUAUGGCAGGACUCCAUCCAGCCUCCACACCCUUCAGCUAGAAGGGGAUUGACCGGAGCAUCAAUGGCGGCUGUUCCCGUAUUAAAGAAAACCACCACCACCAUCCUCCUCCUCCUCAUUAUAUAACGUAGCUAGGGGGGAGGCGCAUGACAAAUACACGUACCCAGCAAUAGUUAUACGCAACCACGCGGAGAGCUCCAAUCCACCAGCACGUCGUCGAUCGUACUGCUCCCCGCCUCCCCGCCGCGCGCAUACCCUUCGGCAAGCUUAAGUCCAAAGCUGCGUGCAGUGAGAGGGGCGGCGAAGAACGGUGGUGGUCGAGGAUGAGCAGGAACGGCGGCAAGGUGUCGAAGCUGGAGAGCCUGAGGCUGAGCCUGUCGCGGGCGCGGGGCGGCGGCGGCGGGCAGUCGUCGACGGCGCGGCCGGGCGGCGGCGGUGGCAGCGGGAAUGGUGCCGUCAGCACGUCCCCGCGGCGGCUGUCAUCCUCGUCGUCGUCCAGCGCGUCGCCGCCGAGCUCGUGCGUGUCGUCGGAGGGCAGCCCGGACGCGGCGGCCGGCGCGCCCAUGGUCCUGGCGGGCUGCCCGCGGUGCAUGAUGUACGUGAUGCUGUCCCGGGAGGACCCGCGGUGCCCCCGCUGCCACAGCGCCGUGCUGCUCGACUUCAACGACGACCAGCAGCAGCGCCGCCCACGCCAGCGCCGGUGAAACCGCCGAUCUCAGUUGUCAGUUCGUUCCUUCAAGUCGUCUCGUAGCUUCGCCGUUCGUGAUCGAGUUAAUUUUAUUGACUUCUCGGAGAGAACUAAAUAGAGAAUCGUUGGCUCGCAAGCCGAUCAAAAGAAAUUAUUUCAUAGACCUGUUCUUCCAUGCUGCUUGCACUGUCGGUCGAUGGAGUUGGGUCUAGGUAAUAAUUUCGUGUGGUUAGCGCGUCUUUUGCAAUUUAAGUAUUUGGUGGUCUGCUCAGAAUUACUGCGCGACAGUGCAAAGAUUUAAUCUUCUCUGUCAUGAACACUUGAAUGGAAGUAAUGCUCCUGUCCCUUGUCCUGUCAUAUCGGCAUAAAUAUGCUGAAGCAAUGCGCAGGGUGAUUGGCCAAAUGUAUAGAAGAUGAAUAUUGUGCAUUGA